AUGUCUUCCACCACCACACACACCGCAACCACAACACCACCACCAUCGAGGCCACAACCACCCAAGAAGAUGUCCAUCACACAAACAUACUAUCUUGCCCACAAGGCAAGGGCAAAGCUUUCUUCGGAAGCUGCCCGCCCCGAUCACAACCUCCGCCUCCUGGUCGGACACGCCAACCUUCUCGACUCAUUGAUGGUCGAGCUCGCCGAUGCCGAAAGGGAACAAGAAUCAUGGUUCAACCAAUCCGUUCGCGGCGCCUCCAACAGCCGCAGCGAAGAGCGUCACAUCCAAUGGGCCGACACGGUGGUCCGGGAGCCCGAGCACGACUGGCAAGCCGAGGACGCCGAGUACAGCGACUCGGAUUCCGAUUCGGACAGCGAUCUGAGCGAGGACGACGAGGAGGACUGUGACGAGGACGAGGAUGUCGAGAUGGCCGAUGCCGUCCCCCUCAGGAGGAUACCCUCGCACAGCAGCGGCAGCCUUCAUCGGUACUCGAUGCAAGCACCACUGCACCAAUUCUACAACUACGACCAAGACAUGGAGGAGGAUGAGGAGGACGAUGACGAGGACUACACCCACCUCGCCCUGCAGAGGAGUCCUUCGCAUUCUGCGUCGCCACCAGAACUCGAUCUCGACUCGGACUCUUCAGAAGACGAGCACAUGCCACCAUCGCCGCCCACUACCAUCCUCUCCACAUUCUCAUCAACGUCGCCCGAAAAGCAAGCGGGAGAGCAACAAGGAGACGACGAGGAAGAUCAACAAGAACAAGACAAGGAUGCCUUUUACACCCACAACCAGGGCUACUACCUACCAAGCCGUGGUCCGACACUUGUGUCGCCGAUAGGGAUGUACUAAAGGCUUCCCCAUCACACACACACAAACACUUUUCCUUGUUCCACAAUGAUUCCUCAUUAUCUUGCAUAGCACUCUUCUGCAUUGGGCAACGGCGUUUUACAUUUUUGCAUUUUGUAUUUUUACGAUGAUACCACAUUUCACUUGGCAUGCAUCGGGGCAAUUGGGAAGAUUGAAUCGGAUUGGAAUAGGAUUGGGACUACGGGAGUUUCUACCAUCAUCAAGCGAACAGCGUUUUUUCCCACAUAUCAUCAUGGACCAGACUUAUAUGUUUGCUCUUUUUCUCUACUCUCUCUCGAAAUCACUACUCAUAAUGGUCUGUGUUUCUAUGGUCGCGGAAUUGGAAAUGGAGUAUCGGGAGACACACAAACGAGAACAUACAAACAGUUUGUAGGGCAAAUGGCAAUUGAAGCUUUGGGCAUUUCACUACACUUUGGAACUUGUAUCGCUAUCGCACAAUUGCUGUAUUGGACUGUACCCGCUCCCAUCACCACGGCAGUAUGGAUGGUGUUUUUGGUUGAGUGGGGAAUUCAGGGUCUUCUUGGGUCGGAUGGGGGAGCCAUGAUCUCAUAGCUACCGGCACUUCGCAGCUCAAUUCCGACUUGUCUCGGAGCAAAUAACAGCGAACCGUUCUUCUUCGGAAAA